CGGCUAUCGUACCCAUAACAACAUUAAUUUGUUGAAAGAUGGAGGACAAAGACAAACGGGAUUCUCCACCGAAAAUGGAUCCGACUGAUGUUGAGGAUGUAAAAACUGAAGAUGAGAAAACAGAACUUUCAGAACAAACUCCAGUAGAACCUGCUACAAUUGUUGAAGAAGCUGUUGAUGUUCCACUAACAGACAUUCCUUCAGGAGAUCAAGAUUCCUCAAAACCUGAGAUGGAAAAUGUUUUGCCUGCAGCUGAAGCUUCUGAACCUAAUGCUGAAGAAGAACCCCAAAACUCAGAAACUGCUGACCCCAAAACCAAACUAGAUGAAAGUUCUCAGCCUACACAAGAUUCAGAUGACACACAAGUACAGGGGAACAUGCAGGAACCAAAUGUAACUCAAGAUUUAGAUAAAACAGCUGAAGAACAGUCUGAAACGACAGAGAAACCAUCAACUUCUGAGGAGCAGGAGAAAUCUGAACAAGAAAAACUCUCACCUGAGGAACUGCAACAAGAAGGAGGAGCAAACAUUGAACCUUCAACUGAUACAGCUCAACAAGAAAACCCAAUUGAUACACCAGUUGAUAAACCCACAUCUGUUGCUGAUGAACAACCAGAAACAGUGGAGAAGUCUCCAGCAGAUGCUGUUGAAGAGAAGCCUUCAUCUAACACUGAGAAUGAAGAAACAAAAGAGGACAAACCAGCUGAUACACCAGUUGAUAAACCCACAUCUGUUGCUGAUGAACAACAAGAAACAGUGGAGAAGUCUCCAGCAGAUGCUGUUGAAGAGAAGCCUUCAUCUAACACUGAGAAUGAAGAAACAAAAGAGGACAAACCAGCUGAUGCUAGUCAAGAAAAAGAAACAUCAGAAAAUCUUGCAACUGGUGCUGAUGAACAGAAAGACGACACUAAACCUGCUUCGGAGGCAGAAAAAGCAGAAUCUGAACAAGCAACUGAUGAACAACCUGCUCAAGUUGAACAAUCAACAGACAAGGUUGUUACAGAUGAACAGGGACAAGAGGAUAAAGAAAAUGAAAAGACAGCCAACGGUGAAGAAGGUGAUGAAGAAAAAGAAUUGGUUGAAGGUGAAGAAGGUGAUGAAGAAAAAGAAUUGGUUGAAGGUGAAACUGGUGAUGAAGAUGGUGCAGCAAAGGAAGUUGAAGAAGUUCUGAUACCAGAUGACUUUUUUUAUAAUUUAGAAGAUCAUAUUUCUGGAGCAGAAGUCACUGAUGAUUCAGGCUUACCGCAGGAUUUACUAUCAUUAAAACAUUCAUUUGGUUAUGAUUGUAAGAAACGAUGUAAUUUACAUAUGUUAGAUGAGUAUACGUUGUUAUUUAUUGCUGGUAAUCUGGUUCAACUUAUGAAUAUACAAACUAAAGAAUUGACAUAUAUUCGUAGUACCAGCGGAGGUGGUAUUGGAGCUAUUGCUGUUCACCCAAGUCGGAAAUAUUUUGCUGUUGGUGAAAAGGGUACAGCACCUAACAUAAACAUCUUUGAAUUUCCUUCUCUCAAAUUGAUUCGAAUCUUACGAGGAGGAACAGAAGGAUUAUAUGCAUCUUUGACUUAUAGUCCUGACGGAGAGCUUCUUGCUUCACAAGGUGGAGAACCUGAUUUCAUGUUAACUGUGUGGAACUGGAAACAAGAAAAGAUCAUGCUUCGUACGAAAGCGUUUUCUCAAGAAGUAUUCCGAGUAUCAUUCUCGUCUGAACUAGAAGGACAACUGACAACGGCUGGUACAGGACACAUCAAAUUUUGGAAGAUGGCUGAUACGUUCACAGGUUUAAAAUUACAAGGAGAAUUAGGUAGAUUUGGUAAAACGGAGAUAUCUGAUAUUGAAGGUUAUGUUGAAUUACCGGAUGGUAAAGUUUUAUCUGGAGCUGAAACAGGAAAUAUGAUGUUAUGGGAAGGUGGAUUGAUCAAGGUUGAAAUCGGUCGUAAAGGUAAAAAACUGUGUCAUAAUGGUCAAAUACAACAGAUAUUAUUAGAUGAAGGAGAAUUAAUGACAAUAGGUGUUGAUGGAUUUGUUAGAAUGUGGGAUUUUGAGACAAUAGAUACUGCUGAUACUAUAGAUGAUUCAGGUUUAUUUGAAAUGGAACCAAUGAAUGAACUUCGUGUAGGUUACGAUGUCCAACUAAAACAUAUUGUUAAAUCUAUAGAUGAUGAAAACGAGGCGACAAUUUGGUUUGCCCAGGAUGGAAAUGGAGGAAUAUGGAAAUUAGAUUUGUCGUUUUCUCAUACGUCACUUCAACCAGAGAAAAUCUCUAGUUAUCAUGCUGGUGCUAUUACUAGUUGUGUUACCUCCCCUGUUACUCAUCUCGUAGCAACGACAGGAGUCGAUCAUACUGUACGUGUUUAUGACUACAUGCAGGAGAAACUCGUUACUGAUUCUAAGUUUACUGGUGGAGGUACUACAAUCAUGUGGGCACCAAAAAUUGUAGAUACUAAAGGAAGUACUAUGUAUGUAGGUUUCGAGGAUGGUGUAUUAAGAAUAUUAAACAUUAAUAAAACUAUUGAUAUGCCGGGUCGUAAACAUAAAUCAGACUGUGAAGUGACAUUAAGACAAGCUCUAAAACCACACAAGAGUUGUGUAACAUCUAUAGCUGUUGAUGGUAAAGGAGAAUACUUAGCCACAGGGGGAACAGAUAGUACAGUAUUUUUUAUUGGUAUUGGUGAAACUUAUGAACCAAUAGGAUUUGUUAGUGUACCAGCUCCUGUUAGACAUCUUCAAUGGUCACCAGAAAAAUUUUCUAAGACAACACUAUUAGUUAUAUGUGAAGAUGGUUAUGUAGUUGAAUUAGAAACACCAGAUACAAAGGAAAUAGAUACAUCACAUUCUUACCAUAUAACAUCACUCAAUAAUAAACAAUAUAAGUUUACUAGUAUUAAAUCAAAUCUUAGGCAUGAAGAAGAGUUAGAGAGAAAGAGAAUAGAAGAAGAAAUAAGAUUAAAGAAAGAAGAAGAAGAAAAAAGGAAAAGAAGAGAAAGAGGUUUAGAAGAUGAAGAAGAGGAAGAAGAAGAAGUGAAAAAACCUGAUACACCAAAAGAAGAAUGGAAACCGUAUAUACCCGAAGAUCCAAGUCCUAUUUUACAAGGUUUUUAUUCCAUUGAAGAAGGAAAAUUCUGGCUGUCAAUGGGUGAUUUUGAUGCUGGUUAUCUGUACGAAUGUAAGUUUGCAAGUGAUAAUGAUAAAAGUAGUCUACCAGAAGAUGUAUAUAACAAACCAGUCAAAUCUGUUGCUGUUGUUGAUUCUUUAGACGUACCCAUCACUGUCAUCAGAUUCAGUAACAAUGGUCAACAAGCUAUAUUUGGCAUGGAAAAUGGUAAAAUCCGAGUCCAACAGUUAGAUGAAGUAUUUGACAUAUCGACAAUGGCUUCUCAUUGGAUGCUUAGUGUCCAUGACAACCACUAUGGUCAUGUUACUGGAGUUGCCCUAAGUUACGAUAACCUGAAAUUACUGUCAGUUGGUGCCGAUGGAAACUUUUUCAUGUUUAAUUAUAUGGAACAGCAAAAGUUAGAUGAGAAAAUUGCUGAAAAUAAAGCCAAGAUUCCAUCAGCUAGGAAAGAGGAUGAUAGAGAAGAACCUAUUGAUGAUAUUGAUGAUCCUAAUGCAUACAGUAUUGAAGAUGCGAAACAGAAAGCAGAAUAUGAUAAAUUAAUGAAACAAGCCGAGGAGAAGAAACGUGAUGUUAGAAGAAAUAUUGCCAAGUUACGACGUCAGUUUAAAUCUAUUUUAGAACAGAAUGAAGAUUUGCCUAAAGACUUACAGUUAAAUAGAAUGGAAUUUGAAAUGGAUCGAGAAAUUAAAUUAGAAUUAGAACGACAGACCGAGGAAAAGAUAGAAACAGUUAGAAAAGAAAUGGCAUGGGAAUCAGAGAAACAUCGAGUAGCAUUAGAUAAAUUACGCAAAAGGUUUAAAAAUGCAGUGGAAUGUGAAAAAAUUAUAUUGAAAUGCUUUUUAACACCACAUGAAGUUUCAAGUUUCCGUGCUGCCAAACUGUCGGAGGAUUUCUAUAAAAUGAAGGCUAAUUUUGAGAGACGGAGGACGAUGUAUAUAACUCGUGAUGAGUUUACGCGUGAUCCCACCAGAGAUUUAUUAGCAGGACAAUCCAGAAUGACGGAAAGUUCUGUAACUAUGGGAGAGAAAUCUGAUGAUGAUAAAGGAGCUAAAGUUACAACAACAUUAAAAGGUAGUAUGGGCGAACGUGUCACAAAAGCCUUACAAAAAGUCGAGGAAAAAAAAAAGAAAAGAGCAGCUCGUAGAUCACAGUGGUCCGAAUUAUAUGAAACUAAACCAGCUGAUGAUUACGAGGAUCCAGCAGACGUGGCUAAAAUAAAACAUGCUCAACAGAAUAUGGGAGAUUAUAAAUUAAAAACGGCGAAAGAUUACGUUGUUCCUGAUCAUCUUAGAAUGAACGUGGAAAAAGCUCGCGGUAGAUUGCUGGUAUUAAAAGAUUUGAUCCAUGAAUACAGAUACGACUUCAACGUUCAGUUAUUAGCUUUGAGAGAUAAAAAAAUACGAACUAUUGAAGAAAUAAGUGAUUUAACUGUACAGUUAGAAGAUAUUCACAAUAGAUUAGAUAGUAGCAAACAAAGACCUAUACCUCCGAUACCACACAUGCAGGAUGUAGAACAACCUGAAAAAAAACUAGAAUAUACAAGAGAGACAUUAUUAAAGUUCAAGAAAGAAAAGGAACGUGAUGAUUUACAAAAAAAAACUGGUGGUGGUGAAUCAUCUGGUUUUGGUGGUGGAUUUGGUGGUAUGGGAGGAGAUAAGAAUCAUACACCAUCACCCCCUCUCAUUGGUCAGAAAUCUUCAUUAAUGAGUGGUAUAAGUAAAACAGAAUCCAGUUCCCAUCAAAUAGUUCAUGAUAAAGAAAUAAUAAUGACCGAAACAGUUGAACCAUCACCUUUAGAAUUACAACUCCAACAAGUUGAAGAAAUUAGACUUGUUUAUGAACAAGACAGAUUACUAAAGAGAAUUGAUGAAUUAUUGAAAACAUUUGAUGCUGAAUUACGUAUACUGAGACAUGAUAAAUUCAAGAUGGAUAUUCUCAUGAAAAACGCUGAUUUAAGACAAGUGACAUUAUUUGAAGAAUUUGUUUUAUUGAAAGAAUACGAGAAACGGGAAGAACUUUUAGCUGAUAAAGUAUCGAAUAAACAACAAGAAAAAUUAGACAUGCAGACAAAGAUAAUGGAAGUACAAGCUAAAUUAGAAAAUAAGAAAAAAGAUAUUGAGAAAUUAGUUGAUAAAGAAAAGAAAAUUCAUGCUGAUUUCCUCAACUCUCUCGGUGAAAACAAUAAAUUUGUGGAUUACCUGACCAAAGUUUUCAAAAAGAAAAUCAAGAGAAGCAAAAAGAAGUUAGCCGAUGGAGCAGUAUCAGAUGAAGAUAGUGAUGAAGAUUCGGAUGAUGAAUCAGAUUGGGAAGAGAGUGAUGGAGAAUCUGAAUCGGAAGCAGGAGGUUAUGAUCUAGAUGUCUGUCCACCUGGUUGUGAAUUGGCAAUAUACGACAAAACAUGUCAAAUCCGUGAAAAACGACUUGAAAAUGAAGAUGAAUUAACAGAAGAAAAGAAAAACAGUGAAGCCAUGAAGAAAGAAUUGGAAGGUUUACAGAAGAAAGCUAAAGUUAUUGAUUCAUCAUUAAACUAUGCACAGGGUGAUCUUGAAGCUUUCCAGCUGGAGAAACAACAGAAGUUAAAUGAGCUGGAUGUCGUUGUUACGUUACGUUUACAUCAAAUACAAUAUUUUAUAAACAGUGCUCUACCACAAGAUCUCUCGAAAUGUCUGGUGUUUGAAUCGAGUGGCGUAGAGAAAUUACAACAUAGAAUUAAAGAACUUGAACAAGAAAAACAUUUACAGAAAAAACAAAUGAGAGAAGCACAAAAGAAACAUUCCCAGUUGAAGAAAUACAGAAAAGAAUUUGAGAAGAAAAUUAGUGAAAUGAAUGAGAAAUGUAAUGAAAUGAUGAUAGCUAAGUUUGGUUGUAUUGUUGAUUUAGAAAAACUAGAGACUGUUGUUGUUAAUCGUGGUAUCGAAGAAAUGAAGGAAAAAUUACGAGUGGCAGAAAUCCAAUGUUCAGAGGAAGUCAGUGAAUUAUCCCAAAUUGUUAGUGAGAAGAAGGUGCGUAUAACAGAAUUAAUAAAAGAUAAUACGCAGAGAUUAGAACAACUGUGUAUGUUCUCAACAGAGAAAAAAGAUUUAGAAAAUUCACUAGACUCAAGACAGAAAAAUCUGGGUGAAGAAUAUUCUGGACAGCGUAAAGCAGAUAUUCAUGAAAAGAGUCGAUUAAUACAGUUAGUUCAGCUACAAGCUCAAGAAAUCGAGGCCCUUAAAGAUGAAAUUAUGUUAUUAUCUAGAAAGGGAGGACAUAUAUUACCCCCUGCCCAACCCCCCUUACCACAAACCCCAACAAAUCAAAUUCCCAAUCUUUAAAUAAAAACCUAAUCUGUAUCCAUAGCAACAUGAAGUUGAUGUAUGGUUUUAUGGUUGAGAGCGAGACAUUAAGUAAUAUAUUGAUACUGCAUGAGGCAUUAGCCGAGUGUUGUUUCAAUAUAUUACGCAAUGUCUUUAGCUCAAGACCAUUAAACAACUUAAAAUACAGACACUAUCCCACACGUGCUUUCCAAUGAAAUACGUCACACGAGUCCAAUAUUACAUAUAGUAUAGAUAAUGUACGAUUGACAAGUUGCCUGUACGAUUAUUUGAAAUAAUGGUACGCCAACAUCAAAGGAUGACGUCACAUCUGUAUUUUAAUCAGCAUUACUGUGAUAUUGAAAUUCCAAUAUUUUAAAAUUUAUGUUUAAUUUUGUUUUGAAAAUCGUUCAUGGAUGUGUUAUUAUUAGUGUACAGUUGAGUAUGUGAUUAAAUAUUCCAUCCACGACGACACUGCUGUGUUAUCUAUUUUAUCUAUCUAUUAUUUAUAAAAUAUUAUUUAUAUUUUAAUUGUAUAUUAUAAUCAUUGUACAUCAAACAUAUUUAUAUCACACUCUAAAUCAAAGAUGAAGAUUAAAAAAGGUAAAACAUU